UUCCGGGUAUUUGACAGAUUUGUUCCACCUACUGUGAAGUUUUUUAACAAAUUACUCUCCGUAAUAGUAUUGUACCAUUUUUGUGAAAUCAAACGGCAGAUAUUCUACAAAUAAAAAUGUUGAAAUUAUUAACUUGAAUGUAAACGUAGGCAGUUCACCCUGGUAGUUAUAAACUGACAUAACAAAAGCAAAGACCAUAGACACAUUUUUAAGUUCAAUCGGUUAUCCGGCUAUGUCUUAUUUGAAUUGCAAGCAUCACAAACUUCUACAUGGGUGGAAAUAAUGAACGAAAUAUUGUGAAUUGUUUUAAAAAGAACUAUUACCAUGGCCAAAGCAAUAUCAUCUAGACCUGGUGAAAGUGAGCAUGAAUCAGACUUGUAUGCGGAUAAAAGUGAUGACAGUGAAGAUGACAUUAACAUUUCACAUUCCAAACUGAAUGGUCCUGCUUACAGUGAGCAUAACCAAAAAAAAGACAAUCAUAAGAAGAGCAGUCCUGUUGGAGUGAAAUCUGUAGACAAUGUUGUUGAAAAUGUUCAAAAUGGUUCUGCUGUAGCAAAAGUUGAUCGAUAUGGAUUUAUUGGUGGAAAAGAAUUUACCAAUCCUGAUGAGGAAAGAAGACUUCCCAUAGAAGUACUGAGAAAACGAGAGUUGAAGUGGCUGGAUAUGUUCCAGAACUGGGAGAAAUGGAUGAGCAAGAGAUUUAAAAAGGUGAAAGAGCGUUGUCGGAAGGGCAUUCCCCCAUCGAUACGGAGCCGUGCAUGGCAGUACCUGUGUGGAAGCAAGUAUCUCAUGGAGCACAACCCUGGCAAGUUUGAUGAGUACUUGCAGGCCCCUGGUGACCACAAGUGUAUUGAUGAUAUCAAGAAGGACCUACAUCGCCAGUUUCCCCUGCACGAGAUGUUCAUGGCACGGGGUGGAUAUGGUCAGGAGGAUCUGUUCCGGUUACUAAAGGCAUACACAGUGCACAACCCUGCUGACGGGUACUGCCAGGCCCAGGCCCCGAUAGCGGCAGUCCUGCUCAUGCACAUGCCUGCAGAGGAGGCGUUCUGGUGCUUUGUCUCCAUCUGUGAGAAAUACCUGCCUGGAUACUACAGCCCUGGUCUGGAAGCUGUUCAAGUUGAUGGGGAUGUAUUGUUUGGGUUGUUAAAAAGGAGCAAUCCACCUAUUUACAAACAUUUAAAAAAGCAUAAAGUGGAACCUAUUCUGUAUAUGACUGAGUGGUUUAUGUGUGUGUAUAGUCGAACAUUACCAUGGGCCAGUGUGUUACGAGUGUGGGACAUGUUUUUAUGUGAAGGUGUGAAGGUGGUAUUCCGGGUGGGCAUGGUGCUGGUUCGCCUCUCCCUUGGUUCCCAGGAACACCUCACCUCCUCCCCCGGCAUGUAUGAAACGCUGGAGAAAAUACGACAUCUUCCCGCUGACAUUGAUGAGAGCUUCAUUGUCAGAGAGUCACUUCGAUUGAACAUAUCAGAGAGGGACAUGGAGCGGGAACACCAAAAACAAAUACAGCGAAGAAAAUUAGCAAAAGAAAAGCCUCGCAAGGACUCAGGGAAAAGCAAGAAAAAGUCUUAGAACAUGCAAACUCUCUAGUAUUCGUUUCCAUUUGUGGUACAUACACACUAGCUGGUCAAUAUUCACCCAUCUUACUAUCAAAUCUUGAUGCCUUGUAACGUGUCAAACAUUUCCUAUGUAAGUUUAUAAACCAACUAGGGAUAGGGUAGCCAAAUAUUCAUGCUAUAUUCACUUGUAUACUGUUCAUAUCAUCAGACUACCGUUGUAUGCAGACCGCUUGUAAACAAAUGAACAAAAUGUGUUUGUCAUCGUCCUUUUUAUUUUUUAUUAUAUUUUUUCAUAUGCUUUUUAUUUCAAGUUGGUUGUUGAAGAUGUUUUAAGAAGAAUUUUUAUGUUGGCAGGAAAUUAUACAUUUAUAAUUUGCUGUUCAAACCAUUCUUGUUCGACUCGUCUCUGGGUAAUUACAUUGGUACUGCAAUGUAAAUAUGCAUUUAAUGUUUAAUACUCUCUUUUUUACAUUAAAUGAAUGUUUCCAAUUCCAUUAUUAAUUAAAAUGCAGUUGAGUGAAUUAUAAAAGAUUGUAUUAAUCUGUCUGUCCAGUCAUGUCUCAUCACUAUAAUCAUAGACGGACGGACCAAAUCUGAAAUAGUAUGGUGCAAAUGUACAUAACAGAAUAAGGUGUCUAAAAGCUAGAAGUGAUAGUAUAUGCAAAAUUCAACACAAGUUGACACGGCUCAGUAUAUAAAGACACUGUUCAGCACAGCACUUGAAUUAUAAUCCAUAACCAAGUUUUAUGCUUGCCAAUAUAGUCCUACAUAAAACAUUUUCAUUUCUCACCUAUAGUAAGAGAAAAUACUACAGAUUAAAGUCAUUUUUUUACUAAACAUCAGAAGUAGUGCAUAGAAAAUGCAAGAAAUGAAUGUAUCUGUGACCUUAAUGUUAUCAUACUAUGUACCGGUAAUAUUGUUGAGAACAUGUAAUCAAUGUUUUGUACGAUGGUUCUUUACAUUUAGAAAGCAAAUUCAAUUUAGAUUCCAUUUAGAAGUGUUUCAUUUAAUUAUGAAACAUGCCCCCGAGCAGCAGUGGACCAAUAGUUAGGAAGCACAAAAAUGUGAUUAUAUGUGUAUAUAGAAAUCAGCUGCAGUUGAUGCACCAUACACUUAAAACAUAAGAUAAGGUGGUUCAUUUUAAAGUGUCAUGGACCCAGAAAAACUCUUUGGCAUGAUUCUUCUCGAUAUUUGUUAAAAAUAUAUAUGUACAAAAAGGCUUUAUUACCUAAAUAUUAGAUCCCAAUGAGGAUGUUAGCAUAUAUUGGCAAGGCAAGAAAGAUCAUAUGAACCGAGGCAUUAGCAUGCUCAUGUAUAAGAACUUUUAAAGGUUAUAAUGGGUUGGCUAUAUGUUCUAUUCUUACAACAGCAAAGUCCUAUGAGGAAUAAUAAUAAUAAAUGUGAAUCAAUUUAAAGACAUUAGUUGGAAUUAAUUUAUAUUUUUUAUUAAAUUGACCACACUAUGGACAGAAAGCUGUUAUUGUUUUAUUUGAUCUUUGAUCUCAAAAGUAGUGUUUCUGGUAAAAAAGUGUAUUAGUAGUUGAAGAUAUUUUGUCUGCUUGCCAUCCAUGGAGUUGAGACCACUGUUCAAGACAUUAUCUAUCAAUGUUUAAUACACAUGGUGUGCUUAUAUAUAUUCAUGUUAAUGUUUAAUGGAACAUAAUGCUGAAAUGUUAUACAGGGACAAAGCUAUUAACAAACUUUAAUGACUUCUUUGUGAGGUAGCUAUGGUUAAGUAAGUGCUUUUAUUAUUUAUUUAUAUAGAAUUUGUAUGAAAUGCAUUUUUUUUUCUUAUAGCUUGGAACAAAAUAUUCAAAUAUGUGCAAGAAAACACAAUCUCAUCACCUUAGUGCAAUAACUUAAUAAAGGCAUAUAGAAAUAGAAGAAGUUAUUGAGUUCUUGCCUUAAGGUGAGGAUUUAUUAUGUGGCUCUUGUAAACAGUAUUGUAGGUGUCAUUGAAAUGAUCAUACACUCCCCGCAAAAGGUGGAUUUACAAUGGCAGGAAUAUGUAAUAAAAGAUGUUCAAUUACUCAAACAUUUUCUUUUGCCAAUAUAAAUGUAAAUGUUUUAUUGCUAUUAUUUCAUAUCCUUAGUGUGAUUUAAAAUCAAUCCUAUUACCUGUAUUAUGUUCAUUUGUUUUAUCUGUGUUCAGUUUGUAAAUUUAUAAUGAUUUGUGAUAAAACACAUUAAAGAGUAGAAGACUAA